AUGGACAGACGCACAAACACCACCAGGCCACUAGCGUUGUCUUCCUCUUCCAUCACUACCACCACCACCAUUACAAUUGAGAACUCUGAGUCAUCAAGCUCUUCAUCUCAGCAUGAACAACAGCAACCAGAAGUCCUUUUCCUCCCCCUCAAUCGCAAGAAGAAAAAAGUCAGUUGGAAAGAGGGGACUGUAGACAAUGAGUUCAUGGAGAAGAAGAGUUCCAAGAAGUGCUGUAUCUUCCAUAAAGAGAAGCCCUUUGAUGAAGAUGACAGCGAUGAAGAUGAUCUUCACUCUGAUGAACACCCUCAAAAUAGUGGAUUUUGCUGUAAGAAUCAUGAUGAAGCAGGCCCAAGCAGCUAG